GGGUUACAGAAAAAGAAAUACAAGUAAAUGUCUCUCGACACAGCAGCUGAACGGGUCUCACAGCGUGUGCCCCUCUGAUAACAGUCUCGAAUCGCGUGCAAGCUGCGAUUUCUUUUCUUUUUCCUACUGUUGCAACUGUUAGGCGUUCUGGAGGAACAAUGUCUAGGUAUUUGCUAUUUCCCUCGCCGAAGCACGCCUCGGUGCGACAGAAGAGUCUGUGUCAGCCGCACGAUUUCUGUGCCGGUCGUUGCACAGGUCAGAUUCUCGUGCAGGUACAUACACCACCUGCGUCGUUGGUACCGCUGCUGUGGCAUGCAGUCUUCCAACUGGUACUCGUGUCUCAUUUGUUUCUAUGGCUCGAACACGAAAUGCACCAUGUGUUACUGUCUCAGCAUCGUUGCGUCGGCUGGCAUGUCAUUCGCUGCAAGAGUCAUCCUUACCGCCCUCGGUCACUGGGCUAGUUAAUUAGAGCUGUAUAUUUACUUGGUUAGGGGGGCGGGGGGUCAUAAAAACUUGCUUGAAUCCUGCCUGAAUGACGAGAAAAGA